CAACAGCAGCACGAUGGGCAGCUCCUGAAGUUCCGCCAUCUUCAUUUUUACUGUGUGACAGCUGGAGGGGAAAAGUAAGGAUGCUGUCUCCGCUUCAGCUCUCCGUCUACUGGCGUCUCUCUCUGGUCUUCAUCUUCACCUCCUUUCUCUUCUUUCUGGACAUUUUCGCGGCCGCCGUCGCAGAGGCCAGCUGUCGCCAUGGUAACGGCACCGGCGGCUCGGACCCGCCGCGUGGAACGUUGGCACCGAACGCGCCGAGCAACCAAUCAGAGCCCGGGGACGUUUCAGAGGGCGACGCUGAUUGGAGGGCGGAAGGCGGGAACCGAGAUUCAGUGUGUGGUUGGAUAGACUGGUUGUCCUAUGGUCAGACUCUCUACAUGGUCGGUCUGCUGUUGGGAUCUCUGGUGGGAGGAGCGCUGUCUGACCGAUAUGGAAAGCGUCCGGUGCUGUUGGUGUGUGUGUUCGUACACGCUGUGUGUGGUGUUGUGCCCGCUGUUCUUUCUCAACCGUUCCUCUUCCUUGCUGUUCGCUGCUUGACGGGCGUCUGCUGCUGCUGCAUCAACAUCUGCUCCUUCAGUCUGGCAGUGGAGUGGACUCCCCCCGCUGCCCGGCUCUGGCCGCCGGCCUUCCUGCCCUUCUGCUUCAGUUUGGGGACGAUGAGUGGAGCUCCGUUGGCCUGGCUCAGCCCCACCUGGAGGCAUCUGCACCUUGCUCUAUCUCUGCCGCAGCUCGUCUGUCUGCCGCUCUACCUCUCGAUACCAGAGUCUCCUCGCUGGUUGUUGUUAAAGAGGAGGACGGACGUUUUGGACCGUUACCGUAGCAACAGCCCUGCAGAUGAGAAGUGCCUGGGCUUGCUGUUGGAAUCAACCUGGUCUGAUUUGCAAAAAGCCACCGAGGCUCAGAAAGAAGAGCCUGCAGGUGGCCACUCCCCAUGUGACAUCAUCCACCUCAGACACCCGUCGGUCCUGCUGCGGCUGUCAAUCAUGAGUUACCUAAGCGCUGCGUCUGCACUGACAUACUUUGGCAUCUGUAUGAACAUCGGCUCAUUCGGCGUCGGUGUCUACUCCGCUCAGUUCUUCUCCGGCCUAUCAGAAACUCCCUGCCUGCUCGUCCCAUUGGUUCGCCUGGGACGGCGACCAAUCAGCAUGCUCGCUCUGUUCCUGAGUGGAGCAGCAUGCUUCCUGUCAUUACUGCUGUCCCGAUACCACGGCGAGCCGGUGCUGGUGAUGAGUCUCGCUCUGUUGGGAAAACUUUGCAUUCUGGCUGCUAUCUUCAUCUCUACACUGUACAGCAUCGAGCUGUUCCCCACAGUGGUCAGACAGCGGUGCUUGUCUCUGGUCAGCUUGUGUUUCCGGAUCGGCUGUCUGGUUAACACCAUGGUUCCACCCAACCCCAACGGAGCGAUAUCAUUGGCUGCCAUGAUUGUGUACAGCAGUGGACCAAUCAUUGGCUGUGGCUUGUGUCUGCUGCUGCCGGAGACCAGCGGCAUCCCGCUUCCUGAUACGGUGGAGGACUGUGAUAGGCAGCCUCUACCCAACCCUCCCAAUAUUGACGCCCUCCUGAGGAUACGGAAGCUGGUAAGCAGCCAAACCAGGAAAACCGAGAUCCUCCCUGCAGAGAAAGAGGACACACACGCGCCAAACACAUGCACAGGACUGAUAUGAACACACACAGAGUUCCUUCAAGUCCCAUUUAGACUGGAUUAACCUAGCAGGGGGAGGUGAGGGGAUGAAAUAUGGUGCCGGAUGGCAUUUUAACCUUUGAGAUGUUAUUAUCUCUGAUGUCCAUCACUAAUAAACCUUCAUAAAUCUGUUUUUUUUUCGGUAUCACAUGACUUUAAAUGGAGACAAACUGUAAUCUGACAGGUUUUCUUUGUUUUUUCUGUCAUAUUGGUGAACAAACAGGCAGAUACGCUUCGUGUUUUGACAUGACGAAGGAGCAACGGGUUAACUGAAAAAACAGUCGAUUACUGCAGCUGUAAUUAUUUCUGGGGUAAAGGUGAAAAUAUGACAUGAGCAGCAGGUGAUGGUCAAAUCUCUCCACCUCCCCUACACACAGUAAUCCAGUCACACUGAGGCUUUUUUCUUCAUGUUCACUGUAAUGAUCUGGUUUUUUUAUUUGUAUUGUUUUUGUUCUGAUUUAAAUUGAAAGGCCAACAAAAAAAAAACUAAUUUGAGUGUAAAUCAGAUCAAUAUGUGAGAUUAUUGAUUAUCUCUCAGAUGAUGUUUAAUGUGACCGACUGUUGGAUGA